AGCAGUACUUAAUGGUCAACAUUCAAUAAUUCCAAAGAAUUUAUUGAAAAAGAUUAAAAGAUAACAAAAGGAUUUAUUUAAGGAGCAUUAUUUGCAGUUAUUGGUUAUAGUGUAGGAUUAGUCUUAUUUAAAGCUAAGACAUUAAGGGGCUUUAGUGCUGGUACUGCAGCAACUUGGCGAUUUAAAGAUUAGAUUGAAUAAUGAUUUAAAUAAUAUAUAUAUUAUUAUGCUCAACAUUUGUUUUAGCAUGUUCAUCUGAACAAUAAGAAUGUGCAAAUCAAUUGUAUUCCUUUGAAUUUGAAGUUUUUGGAAAAGUCUAAGGAGUCUAUUUUAGAAAGUUUACCUAGCUCAAAGCAUAAGAAUUAAAUCUAGUAGGCUGGGUAUUAAAUACAAAAAAAGGCACAGUUUUGGGAAUUGCAUAAGGAAGACGAACUAAUGAGUUGAAGGAAUGGUUAAAAAAUAUUGGAAGCCCUAAAAGCAUAAUAAAAAAGGCAGAAUUCAAAAACGAUAAAAUUAUAGAUGAAUUAGAAUAUGAUCAAUUUGAUAUAAUUAAAUGA